CGCAUUGUAUCAGUUUUCCCGUAGCGCUGUCGUAGGUUAGGUGGUUUAUUUUAUUGUGGUUUUAGUGUAGUAUCUGAGCAAGAAAAAAUUUUGGUGUAUAAGCUUUAUUUUAUUGCUUCAAUAUUUUACGAUUGUUACUGUCCUGUUAUCCAUGCGACAAAUUUCCUAACUAGUGAACUAAUUGAAAAUUACAAAUCAAUACGACAACGGAGCGAAUCGGAAGGUAGCAAGUGUUGACGUGCGAAAGAAGGCGAUGAAAAUUAGUUCAAUGUUGUGAAGCCUUGAGUGGAUUACAUAAAUUUGUUUCACCCCCGUGGGGGGCAAAAGAUCAGGAAGAAGAACGUGUGAAAGUGGAAAGUCCAGUUCGAGUGUUUUCAGCUAUGUGAUGAAAAGUGCACAUGGAAAGAAAAUUAGUUUCUAUCUAUAAAUAACCUCUACUGAAGUUCAAUCCAGGAGUUAGAGUAGCCCGGAAGGAGGAGCAUUAUCAACAAUCAAUCUAAUAAGCGCGCUGCCAGACGCAAUGGACAUUGCAGCGUUUGCCUCGACAAUGGCCAGCAAGGCUGUGGCAAGGGAUCGGUUUAGCCAGCCGAACGAUUUGGCCAGCGGGGAAACGUCCGGUUCCGUUAAUGGAGCCACCGCGGCGGAUGCACGGGCUAACAAGCUGAAAUCGUUUAUGGGCAAAACGCCGAGCGCUAUAAAAUCCAAAUUUCUUUCUGUACUCGGUAACAGCACCGAGAUUAUCAAUGGCAUAUCGAAUAAGAUAGAUGCAGCGCUUAGCUUAUCGUCCUCCGAAGACACAGAAACGACGGAACACCGCAAUCAAGCGAAAGUGGACAAUAUGCUACGACAGAAGUACGGAGCAUCGAACUGGAAACAUCCAGAUGAGCACACGAGUCAGGAAGUAGAUUUCGAGCUUCGCAGAGCGAAAGAAAGGAGAGCACACGAAGAGGUGCUUUCUGGGCGUUAUAGGAAUCCAGCCUUCAGCCAUCUAAAUCAUCCUACAGCAAUUCCGAACGGUAGUACCCAACCUCUGCCAACCGGUGAACAACUCUCGUCAAACAGUAUUAGCACUGAAUUUAGUCAUAGCAAUUAUAGUAAUAACUCGUAUUCGAUUGACUCGAAAUCACCUCAACCUCAGUUCGAUGGGGAAAGCGACUUAGCAGUCGAAGUGGCCUCGAAAUCCGCGCCAGCAGUGGAAGCAGUUCCGUCCGGCAAGGACCCCGUUAAAGAAACUAAAAUUGGUUUACCCAGCAGUGCCUCCACCAGUGACAAUGAGUCCUGUGUACUUAGUGCCACCCUGGAAUCGUCCGAGCUGAAGAUGUGGAUACGGUCAGAAUCGGAAAACUCCGUACCAUCGUGGGCUUCAUCGAUUAGCCUCGAUAGUCAAUCCGAGGAGGCCAUUUUGGAUUUUAUGAAACGCUUCGUGAAGAUACUUUUCCGUGAAAGUUCCUCCAUUACGCUAGAACUGAAAUCGGACUUUGGGCAGUAUGCCAGAACGGAAACUGGUCGGCUUUGGUUCUCCCGCUUGGUUAACGCACAAAGGGCCAAAUCAAAGCGAGUGGAUGAAUCGACUUUCUACUCACUGAUCCAGUAUUUCGCGAUUGUCCUGUUCGAGUGUGCCGAAAGUGAAGAUUUUUCUCCGGCCAAAACGCUCAUGAACAUGUGCUUCACUUUCUAUCAUGACAUUGAUGUUCCUGGUUGUGAACCGUACCGUGAAUACUUGUACACCUAUCUGAGAGAUCAACCUAUCUGGCAUUCGCUGCGCUUUUGGAAUGCAGCAUUCUUCGAUUCGCUGCAAACUGAGAGGAAGCAUCAGCCGGUGCCACCCACAAAAAGCACACCCACUGUCAUUAUGUCUCAAUCUAACCAACAGCUGAAAUUCGACGAGGCUAACAGUAGCAAUAAUAAACUUGGAGUGCCCGAGAGCGAGCAUAAUGAGCGAUCCUCGUCUACCAGUGCUUGCGAUCGAACCGAUCCUCUCGAUUUGCGGGAGGACAAGAAGUAUCAUCAGAAUCUCAGUUUCGGUCAGUUGGGAAGCUUUACGUGCAACAUGCAUGCCUUUGGUCUCAGUCGGGAACUAUGCUACGACUUUCUUAUGAAACAAUGUAUAAUAGCUAACUUGAAUGUCGAGCAACAAAAGUUACUCAAGGAUAAUGUCGACCGGAUGUAUCGUGAAACGGACCCAUGGCGUGAGAACUAGGAACAACUGGUGGACGAACUUGUUACCACUCAAUCAAGUAGCUGUUUUUAAAAGUAUUUCAAAUUGUAUAUUUCCAACUACCGCUGCAGAAAGCAAACAAAAAAAGUUUUUCUUCUACAUCUACACAAACACGUAAAACAACCAAAUAGAAAUUAGAACGCGGCAUUAAACGGUGAGAAUGUACAGUAAAAGAAGCAUAAUUGAUUAUCGUAGUGCAGAGAUACAAAAAGUUUGUGAUAUAUUUUGUGAUUUUUAGCCGAGAAGUGUCUGUUUAUAUUAUUAAGUUUUUGUUUUUUGAUGCAGAAGUGCAACUUAAAGGUUUGCUGGUUUUCUACCAUACAUUCGGCCACAAUCGUUAAUCGAAACUAGAAACAAAGAUGCAACUAUAGAUCGAUAAGUAUUUUUACACAUUCCGAACUAGAUAAUAUGAUAUGAAGAAACAUACAAAAUUCAACCGAACGUUUAUACGUUUUCGAAGUGAUCGCACUGUUAUAGGUAUCGUACAGUAUAAGUGAGAGAGAUGGUUUGAUAUGAUAAGACAAUAAAGAAGGGAUGAGGUUGGUAAUGUUAGCAAUACUAAAUCGUCGCCGGAACCAUUCCGCUGCGAUACGCACUUAAUAUGCUUCUUUUGAAAAAAACUAACUAGAGUAAUAGUAGGGUGUCGGACGAAGGGCGUGAAAGGCAUUUUCUAACAAGGUUCAGGGAAAGGACAACAAAGAAAUGAAAGGAUCAAGUUCGGUGAUACUAGCUGAUGAUUUAUACGCAACCGGAAAAGUCGUACCGAGAAUACGCAUUGUUAAAUUUUACAAAUUUGUUACCAAUCCAGAGUGAAAUUAUGAAAUAGAUAAGAGAAAUACAGUAUAUCGAUUUGACCAACUAAAUUGCUCAACUGGUUUUCGCUUCCAUGGUGGGAUUUGAAUCCUCUAGGUAAGAUUUAUUUCCAAUGUUGAUUUCAGUAACCAUCGGUUUGUUACCAAUUGCGUUUCAGCAUUUCAUAUUUCAUAAAACUAGAAAUGGGCGAGCGCUCACGAGUCGCUCAUUUUAGCCGGUUCGUCAGAACGAGCGUACGAUUCACGGUUCUCAACAUAUGAACCAUGCUUCAAAAAAGAUCCGGGUUAAAAAAACCGUUUUUCAAGAGUCUCGGCUCAAAAAGAGCUGUGCUGUGCGAAUCGUUAUAGUAUCGGGUCCAUAAACUACACGAAUUUUUUCGGCCGCCUUCGUAGCAGUUUUACCUCGCAUAUAUUGACAAUAUACGACAUUUCUUUUUCCCCAACCCAAUAUAUUCGAUGGCGAUGAAUAACUACAAUUUUAUUGGAGAAUAUGGAAUAUUCUGUUCAAUCGAUUGCGAAGAUUCUGUGAAUAUAUCAUACCAAGAACAUAUGUCACUUUUGUUGAAAAAUAAUCCUCUUAAACUAUGAACUCCGACGUUUCACGUGAUUCGUUUUCUUUGUUUUUUUGCCAUUGGUAGAUAAAAAGCUAAAAGAAGAAGCAGCUUUGUAAGUGUAAUUAUGAUAAUUGCGCAACUCGGAUAGGCCCCUGUUUAUUCCAAAAAGUUUUUUAUUUCUUAGACAUGUGUUUUUUUUUAUCCUCAAAAUGUCUACCGGACGGCGUGAUAGUAAAUCUGAAAGCGAGAGAAGUAGUGACAACGAAAUAGUGCGAAGCUUCAUUUGCAUAUAGUUCCUCAAUAUCCGAUUCGGAUCUUGAGGAAUUAUAAGCAAGUGAAGAGCUGGACAAUAUGUUAGAAGUACUUAUUAUAGACGACAUGAAGAUAUAAAAGUUUUUAAUAUUAACUUUA